AUGGCAAUACCCGCACGAAUGCGAUGGGCUACACCGUCAACCUCGAUGCGAACACAUACAUGUUUGAAGCUGAGUUAGCGUCUUUCGACAAACCUGGUCUUCCCCAGUGAUGGACUUCCACGGCAAGGCGAGAAGGAUGCUUAGCGAAGCUUUGUAUUUCGUGAUGCCGCCCUGUGCAAUGGACUGGUCAAUAAGAAAGUGGAUUAACUGCACUCUCUGAAGCAGGUGUUGAUGUACCACCCCCUGGUAGGUUUCACAAUGAGUGAUAUGACUAUGUUUUAGGGAUACCGGAGGAUACUUCUCGGUUGACUAAAGGCGGUGGUCAAGGUCCUCAGCGUGAUGAACUAGUUAAUGUUGUUCGAUGUUUACGACGUGUAGUGCUCUCUUCAUCGUUGGGGCCCACUGACUGCGUUUCACGUACUGAAGCUGCUUCAGUGUGCACUAGGAGUGCGACGGACACAGAAGAAAGAUUAUGUCAAGUGUCUGUGUGAGAGCCCCUUGGUGGAGUGUUGCACGGUGGAAAUCAAGCGGUGCAAAGCGAGGCAUGAACAAAAGCUCCCGUUAUUGUUUGCUUUUCAGAACUACCUCGAUCAAGGCGAUUCCUUUUUCGUCAUAUUUAAGUCUAGUGACGAACUCAGAGAAGAACUGCCUGCACUGUAGCUGUUGUAGCUCAUCGACAGCCUGUGGAAAGCGGCAGUGUUCGUCCCUCAUCGUACUCCAUACGGUUGCAUCUCUACGGGAAAAAGUGUUGCCAUGAUUGAAGUGGUGUUGAACAGCGGCACCGUUGCCAGCAACAUGAGGCGUGAGGUGGAGGCUGAGGCUGCGUUCUACAACGACCCGAUUAUAAAUUGGUUGCGCUAG